UCACAGCACAAGUUCAGAGAGACUCUUCUUAUGAAGGGACAGCCAACCGGAAGUGCAGAAGAAGAAGAAUCAGAUUUGUUUUGAUUCGUGUUCGGUAGCUGUGGACUCACCUGGAGGACAGGUGUGACCUGAGCCCGUGUUUGUCAAUAGGUGUAGCAGAGACUCCGCCUCCUCUCAGCUGAUUGAUCCUGCAGCCAUGGCUUUGAUCUCUCUGGAAGACCUCGAGGGUUUGGAUGACGAGCAGGUGGAUGAUGACAUCACUGACAACCCUGAACCAAUGGAUGAAGAGGACAGAGACCAGCUGCUGUCACACUGGCAGGCUGUAGCUAGUACGCACCAGGUCACGGUUCCUGCAGAAAUGACCGGACCCAUACAGGAAAUGACCCGCAACAACCAGCAGAGGGAGCCGCUCCACUUCGCCCCCAUCUCCAUUCACGAAAAGAUGGGGGAGGUCCUGUACGAGGAGCGGGUCUAUCCGGCAGGAAACUGGGCCUGUGUGACCCGAGGAGAAGAUCUGUACGAGCAGAGCAUCUCGAUGGGCUUCAUGAAACUGAUGCGCUUCAUCUGCAAGGAGAACUCUGCAGGAAGACACCUGGGCAUGACUGUACCUGUGAUCAGUAACAUCCACAUGAUGGAGGAUGGAAACACGUUCGACAAAGACGUGGAGACGGCGUUCUUCCUGCCUGCCGAGUUCCAGAGUAGUCCGCCUCGGUCCGCCGACCCUGACAUCACCAUAGUCUACAGAGAGCCAAUCAGAGUGGUUGCCAGGACGUUCUUCGGGACGACCACUGAGGAGACGGUUGGCCGCCAGAUCCGCCUGCUGUGGGAGAUCCUCGACCUCGGUGACCACUUCCACCGGGACCGCUACACAGUCGCUACAUACGACAACCCGGGGGCACCACGACGCCGCAACGAGAUCUGGUUCAUCUGGAGAGACCUGUAAACUCCACCCACCUGCCUCUGAUUGGCUGGUUGAAUCUGUCUAUUCACACACUUUCUCCCUGUCAGACUGAUCAUCCCAUUGGCCCACAUCACAGGAAGUUACAUCUGAUUGGCUGCAUUCUGAGACUUUGUUAAAAUAGUGACAUCACUUCCUGUUCUUGUAAAGCUACAAAUAUUCUGUAGACCAGUCCAGACCAAUAUGGAGGUAGGUUGUAUUUUUUUUUUUUUUUUGCCUUCAGGAAGUGUGGCGUUAAUGUGGGCGUGACAGGAGGCGGGGCCUGUUAGACGUCUUUCCUGCACAUGCUCAGAGUGAACCUGAGGAUCAGUGGAUGGAUUAAUAAGUUGAGGGAUUGAUAAGAAGCUCGAACUUUUUAUGACUGAAUGUUUCUUGGUGUGAACCGGUUCCAGCCGGUUGGUUGUUUUUGGUGUUUCUGUGUACAAAGAUUAAUAAAUCUAAAUGGACCUGAAA